AUGAAUCAGAAUUUAGUUCCCUCAAUCACAUCCCCGCGAAGAGAGGAUAUACGGUCUCGCGAAACUUCCUCGGUAUACUCUUCUCCCGUUUCUCCCUCAUCCCAAGGUGGGAUUUCCCCUAUUGGUCUGGGGAUCUCCCGCUGCGAAAUCGAGAAUGCAUUCGGUCAACUGAGGGUCUUCCCUCCCACGCCUACACUGCCAUCACAACUGAUUCCUGGAGCGCCAAAUCCCACCUUCGCAUUAUCCUAUGAUGACUAUUCUAGCGGAACAUGUUAUCAACCAGUUUACAACGGACUCAUCAACAGUACCUCGGAGACUUCACUAGGAUUCUACAGCCCGCCAGCGAUGAGCGCAUCCCCCAGUUACAACUCUACCAUGGAGGUUGUCCCUGGCCAGAAUGUCUUUCCCAGCCAAAUGACCGAUAUUUGGAUGCACACGCCUUGCUCGGGACCGACAACGCCAUCGGAUGUUACUCCGGUGACUGUAGCGAACGGAGCCGCAGGACAAUGGGACCAGACUGUCUUUCCGGAUGCGUGUAUUUCCUCGACGAUGUCCCUAUUGCCAGUCAACAAUAUUUCCUAUCUUGGGGCAAUGGGAGAGGAGAUUGGAUACGACGCAUCUCCCGGACAAAUCAUCAACACUGGGCAAGUCGUGCCGCAACCUCGAGCAUCUGCCGAAGGGACCGAUGAUGUCGCAAAUUUGAGUCAAAGAGAGCGCGGCUCCUCUAACGACAGGCUAGUCUCUGCCAGUGGCCUGGAAUGUCCCAUUUGUGGCGCCAAAUUCACGCGACGAUCCAACUGCAAGGAGCACCAAAAGAUGCACAACCCUGAAUGGAAGAACAACCACCCGUGCGAUGACUGCCACAAGACUUUCGGCCGAAGCUCGGAUCUCAAAAGACACAUGAACACCGUGAGUAGGAAGACCAAAGGGGGUCAAGAAGCAGACACUAAUGCAGUCCUCUAG